CGUUUCCAUGACAAUAGACGUCAACAUAUGGGAACAUGUUGAUUUCGUGGAUACAAGCCACUAAACAGCUGAUUAAUUUACUAGCUAGAAAAACACGUUUGAUGUUUACAAAUUAGCAAAAAAUACGGAAAUGCCAUGAUGAUUGCCCAUGUCGGCAGUGAAGUGAGGGUGUUUAUUCGAAGCCGACCGACUGCAAAUUUUGCUCAAGAGCUCAUUCAAUACCUACCUGACGGACAGACAGUGAGUGUCCACCAGAGGAAGGACUCCAGGAAGGGAGUGGUGAACAACCAGCUGAGCUCCUGGUCGUUCCGGCUGGACGGGGUGCUGCAUGAUGUGUCCCAGGAGGAGGUAUAUGGCCGCGUUGGGCGAGGGGUGGUGCUGGGAGCCCUGGAGGGGUACAACGGCACUGUGAUGUGUUUUGGGCAGACGGGGGCAGGAAAGACGUACACCAUGACUGGAGCCACAGAGAGUUACAAACAGAGAGGGAUCAUUCCUCGGGCCCUACAGGAGGUGUUCCAUGAGGUGGAGCAGCGUUUGGACCACACCUUCAGUGUCCACUUGUCCUUCCUGGAGAUCUACAAUGAGACUCUGGUGGAUCUGCUGGCAUCUGUACGGGGUUGCCCAAGGGUAGGGCCAGGGGGCAUGGUGGUGGUGGAGGAGGCAGGGGGAGGGGUAUCAGUCAGGGGGCUGUCCCUGCACCCCGUCCACAGCGAGGAGGAGGCCCUUAACCUGCUCUUUGAGGGAGAGAUGCAUCGCAUCAUCGGAGCUCAUGCCCUGAACAAGAACUCCUCCAGAUCUCACUGCAUUCUCACUGUCCACAUUGAGUCUCGCUCCCGUACUCUGUCUGAUGCAAAGUAUGUCACUUCCAAGCUGAAUCUGGUGGACUUAGCCGGGUCAGAAAGGCUGGGCAAAACCGGAUCUGAGGGCCAGGUGCUGAAGGAGGCCAUGUACAUCAACAAGUCCCUGUUGUUCCUGGAGCAGGCCAUCCUAGCCCUGGCAGACCGACGCAGGGACCACGUCCCCUUCAGACAGACCAAACUCACCCACGCCCUCAAGGACUCAUUAGGUGGGAACUGCAACACAGUGCUGGUGGCCAACAUCUAUGGAGAGGCUUCUCAGAUAGAAGAGACACUGUCCACACUGCGCUUCGCCAGCAGGAUGAAGUGUGUACAGAUGGCCCCUGCCGUCAACGAACACACCGACCCUGUGCUCCAGGUCAGGAAGCUGGAGAAGGAGAUCCAGCUGCUGAAACAGGAGCUGUGCAUUCACAACACACUGGCUAACCGCAUGGGCAUGUCCUACGACACGCUGUCAGAGACCCAGGUUGCAGAGAUCCAGAGUCAGGUGCAGAGGUAUCUGGAGGGCAGCCUGGACGAGAUCAAUAUUGUGAGCAUCAGGCAGAUCCAGGAAGUGUUUGCCCAGUUCAAGCAGGCUAUGCAGCAGCAGGAGCAGAAGGUGAAGGCCCAGCUGUGUCAGAACUACACCCUGGUGGAGAAAGCCCAGAGUACAGCUGCCUCCACUGCAGCCAAGUCACGGGGCUCCCAAGGCACGGUGGGCAUGGUGGAGGGCCAUGGGUUUGGGGUGGGGGUGGCGGCUCCAUCAGAGAGGCACAUUCGGCCCCUGUCUCCAGGCAGGACCAAAUCCAUUAAGACUAAAGAGCUAGCAAGCCAGGGGAGGAAGGAGGCUGUGGAAGGAAGGAGUCCUGGUCCAGGGAAGCCAGUGGAAUCUGUGAACCCGGUCCAAAGAGACCGUGAGGGCCGCGAGCAUGACCCACAGAGCCAGGAGCCUCAAGGACCACAGGAACCCCUUAGGCCUGACUCCCCUCCCCCUAAGGCAGAGGCCUUUGAGGACUUCAAGGCAGAGCGGGGCAGCGAGAUCAACCGCAUCCUGAAGGAGAACAAGUUGGUGCUGCUGGAGCGCCGCGCCCGCCUCCGGGAGCUGACAGAGGGUGUGAACACGGCCAAGAGAGAGAUUGACAGCACCAGCACCGCUCUGCGCCAGUGGAGAGACAAGAGACAGAGCCAGGGUCAGUUUGUAAGUGCGGAAGGGGUUCCAGUGCUGGACGAGGCAGAGCUGUCUCUGGUCCUGCGUCUGAGGGAGUUGAAGACUCAGUACCGGCAGCAGUACGAGGAGCUGUGCGGCACCAAGGCAGAGGUCAGCUACUGCCAGCACCUAGUGGACCAAUGCAGGACGCGCCUACUGACCGAGUUUGAGAGCUGGUACAAUGAGUCUUUCCUGCUUCCUGAGGAGGUGCAGGCCAUGCUGAGAUCUGGAGCACCCAUCAGGCCUGGACUGGUACCUGUGUACAAGGCACUGGCACUGGAGGAGGAUGAGCAGGAGCACUUUGAGCGUCUGCGCUAUGAGCUGCUAGCAGACAGUCCCAGUGCCAUCUCCUUCUACAAUGCUCAGAACAGGACUGUACAGAGGAGGAACUACAGCAAGGCCAUGUCUCAGGCGCCAGUCCAGAAAACUACACCCAGGGGCUCUGGGAGAACCAAACUGCCUGCCAUUCUCUCCGUCAUCUGAAGGAGAACUGCUUGACUCUAUCCAUUUCACCAAUAAUUAUUGCCUCGUAGUUGUCCUGAAUAAAGACACACUGGCAACCUAA